AUGAACAUGCAGGUGCGGAAGACCAUUGACGCGGGGCUCGUGCUGACGGACCUCUUCCAGCGGACGCCGCCGGACGCGGCGUCCUACUUCGUCGAGAUCGGCAAUUUUGGCAACGACAUCUCGGCAAGGACCACGUUCGUGGAGGGCUACGCGAAAGUUAACCAGGCUACGAAGGGCUUUCUGCAAUGGCGGAAGGAUCAGCGGGACGCGGCGGCCGCCGCGGGUGACGGCGAAGGUCGCGGCGACGAGAUCGACGACGCCCCAGAGGACGAGCCCUUCGAUGACGAGGACGAUGCCGCUGCAGUUGAGCUGGGCGCUGGUGCUGGAAAGAAGAAAAGUCAGAAGGGCUACGAAAGAGAUUACAGGAAAUACAUCGCGGAAAGGUUCAAACGGUUUUUCGGGUGCUUCGAGGACUUCAGGAGCGCCCGGGCAUUCAUGAACAAGAUCGAGUCCAAGAGCUUGGCGGUCAAAGCAGAUGUGCAGGCAGACCCAUGGGAAUGCUUUAAGGGGUGGAUGAACCAACACUGCGUGUUCUCCAAUAGGAGCCUGAAGAACUCGUCGUGCUUUUAUUUCUUUGAUAAGAUCCUCGCAGCCUUGGUCAAGCACGACAGGGUGGACUUCCUUAUCGAGAUUGCCAAACUAGCAGUUCCCACGAACGACGGCACUCCUUGGAUAUUGCGGGACAAAGGCAACAAGGACGACCUCGCCAAGCUCGCUCUUCUUUUCCAGACGAUGGAGACAUCGAAGCUAUUCGUUGCCGCCCAAGCCCCGAAGGAACACAAAGCAAAGGUGACAAAAGCUAAACCCAAAGGAAAGGCAAAGGGCAAAGCGAAAGGCAGGGGACGUGGCCGCCCGACUGACGAAGCCCAGCCCGAACAUAUCGACGAGGAGAAAUUCGACACGAUGACGGCUGGGAGGAAAACUGUUUUCAUCGACGACGUCAUCAAUGCGAUCGCGUUCACUACUGAGAACAUUCCCCGCGAGAAGCAUGACUCAAAGUUCAACUCCCGCAUGCUCGCAUGGUGCUUCGAGUUCGGGAUGGAAGGUGUCGUGGCGCUCCCGGAUUUGGAAGUCUUCAAGGACGACAAGAACAUGGCCAUCAUCUUGGAACCGACGAAAGUGCUCAGCAUGAUGCACACCACCACCGCCGCGUCGACGGCCAGUGAUUCCCCGACAUCCGACAGCCCCCCCAACUCGGACCCAGCCACCAGCGACUUCGACUGCGAUGCCCUUCGGAAAGCAGUUGUUGACCACAUUGGCAAGGGACAGUUCAAGGAGUACGACAAUUGGCGCAAGCUGCGCACUGCUGUCAAGAAAGCCAUCAACAACUACUACGCCUGCGCUGCGCGGGCUGACGACGAUGACUUAAAGGAGGGCGACCAGAACGAACACGCCGACACAGAGGUGGCCACCACCGACGACAAGAAGGGCGACGCCAAGCUCGCAAAGCAGCUCGAGGAGCAAGGCAUGAAAUGGCAACCUUUGAAACGCGUCCUGAAGGUCAUGACAGCCAAGCCAGCGCUGAUCUCGUCCAUUUCCUCAAUGAUCUCGAGCAACUCCUUGACCCCAAAUACUACAAUGCCGGCAGAUCGCAUCAUCCAGUUGGCGAAGCGCAUGCACAAGGCCUUCAGCGCUGAAUCGUCGGCACUAUUCAGAUCGAUUGCGACGGAUGGCGUCUUCAAGAGGGUGUGCGCAGCGGAGUCAGCGGACGUGGCCAUGUUCCAUCUCGUCGAGCUCAUUGCUGGCAUCGUCUACGAUGCGAUCGACGCCGACGCGAUCUCCCUGCUGCGCGACUUCUACCACGGGACCGGAGGCGCUGACAAAGACAAGGUGUCGCUCCUGGUGACCAUAUGCCCAAAGUUCAAAGAUGUGAUCACGCUGUGGAGGUCGCGCGAUGGCAUCGACAACUGGAUGCAGAUUCGAACGAUCCACACGAUUGGCCUUCUGGAAGAUAGCAUCGUUGCCAUCAACGACGUCACGGACAUGCGCCAGGUGCCCGAGGAGUCGACCCCCAUGAGGUCGGCGCUCCUGGAGAUGCUCCAGAAGGGGGUGAGCUUCAUCUGCGCCACGCUUGCAAAAGCAGGAGCCUUGGACAUCGGCGCGUCCGACAAGGUCGAGUGGACGGCCCGCUGGGUGUCGAUUAUCAAGCAGGCGCAGAUCUUGUCGCCGAUCAAGGAGAAGAGCGCGUCGGAUUGGACCCAGAUCGAGAGAGGGAUCGCGGCCAAAUAUAAUGGCAUGACCGUGCCAGACUUGAAGGAGCUGAUCACAGACGACGAGCUGAAGACGGCGACGGCCAAGAAGGUGGACCUCGUGCGCCACUUGGCGAAUGUCGAGCUGACGUCCAGGAAGCAAGAGGACUCGGACGCCCAUGCUGUGUGGGGCGAACGCGUGGAGCAAGUCUACUGUAUCAUAGCGGGCGGCGCCGACGGCACGGGCGCCGCCUCCGCCGCGUCCGGCGUGACUGGCGGCGGCGACGCUAAGGCCACAGCUUCGGCAUCCUGGGCCAACUUCGCACGCUCGCCGACCUACUACUCCGACUCUGAACUCUGGCAAGCGCUUGCAGCAUGCGCCCGCGUUGAGGCUUGGCUGAUGAGCUCAUUGGUGACGUGCGGCUCGACGACUCAUCUCUGUGGUCGGCUUUCGGCAGAUGGGGACACGUUCAAGAAGCAGGGUGUCUACAUUCGUCCAGCACACUUCGAGUCGUACGAGUGCUUCAAGGGAUGCAAGGAGUCCUUAGCACCAACGGAGGCGGCGGACGGCACUGGAGCUGCGGUGGUCCCGUGCAUUGGGGCGCCCCCGCUUCAGUGGAAGCGCUUCUACAAGUGCGGCACCGUCGGCAAGGUGAACAUCUACGUGGUGCCCGACCAGGUGCACAUGGACUUCAACAGCACCUCUUGCGUUCACGCAUGGGCUGUUCGCGUCUCGACGUUCUCUGCUGACGGCGGAUGCGGCGACGACGUCGAGACGGCGGAGAUGCGGAGCGAGACGAAGCUGUUCGAG